AGCGACCGACAUAUAUGGGGCGUUAUAGCUAUAAAGCCCCAAACAAAGAAUUAUGUUCGGCACUAUGCUCGAUAUUCAAGCAUUCCACACGACGUUUUGCAUCGUGUGGGAUGAUUUAAUAUCAUAUCAUUCAGAAAAUCGACAUUUUGUAACUAAAUACAGCUUCUAAUCAUUCGGUUCAAAAUCAAUGUUUUGCCUUUCAUGGCAGUAAUGCUGGCUGUACAGAGACGUCGUCCUUGACAGGGGGCUGGAUGGUACAUUUUACUGUGACGUUUUGAGAGACGGGCUUGUAGUUGUGAUAUAUUUCAUGUGCUGUAUUGCAACCGAGAGUGUAGAUGAGGUUUGACAUUGGAAAAACAUGCUAACUACAGUCGACUUGGAGAAACAUCACAACGCAAAACAUCACAUCUACAAAAUAUUACCAAAGCCUUAGUAUAUUUUAUGUGACAUUUUGACUUAAGAUUAAAUCAACAUAUAAAGAGUUAUCAUUUUUCUCUAUUUUUUGUGGACGAUAAAAAGUCAAUGCUUAGAUUUUAUUUGGCAUAAUAAACUUAGUUUGUUUACAUUUGUUAGAUAUUUGAAUAAACGGUAUAGAUUUGUCAUCGAGCUAAAAUAUAGGACAAUAAAUUGAAGGAAUAUAUUAUUUUCGGCAUUGUUGAUGAAUGAUAAACACUUAAAUCAUGGUUCCUCAAUAAUAAAACGAAUUCGGGCACCGAAACGUGUUGUAUGGAAUCAAUUUUGUUGAUUGUGGAUCAACAUUAACAUGACGUUUUAGACCUUGGUUUGAAAAUCUCGACAGCGUAGCAGAUACCUGAGUCAAAGUACUGGGAGAAAGGCGAAUGUGCACCAAAAUUACCUUAUUGGGUGAACCAGUUGAACAACGCAAAUAAGCACUACUAGUGCUCUAUUUGGAGGGGAUAAGUAUUGCACAUCCAUAGAGAAAUUUAUUUUAAGUAGCCAGUAUUUUAAAACAUGAUUAUACUGUGUAAUGUAGGGUAUAUCUAUUAUUACAAACUAGUUUCAAAAUUAAUUCGCCUAUUGGAGUAGAUAUGCACAUAAUUUGCAAAACAAAUCCACCGAUCACGAUAGGAUUCCACCAUAUAAUUCUAGAGAAGUAAUAAGUUUUAAGUUACAUUCAAUGAUACUAACACCCUUUGUACCGCCACAAUAUUUAUUUUAAAAAUGUACCUUUUUCACCGAAUUGGCCCUAAUCCAAACCCACCGGCACCCGUCCCGCCUCCCCCCAGGACUGGAUAUACAGAGAUUUAGGAUGUUUAUUCAUAUCGACAACACAAGGCUGAUGGAUAAAUAUAGGUUUGUUCCAGAACCCUCUUAGCCAGAACCCGCUUCAUGCUCCAGAGUAAAAAACUUACUCCUGUUUACGUCCAGAAAAAAGAGAACUAAAUACAAAAGCGACUUUCUCACUGUAUGCUCCGGACGUUGGUACUAACAGCGAUCGUUCAAAAUUAUCUGAUUCACAUUGGGAGUUCAUGGAUCAGAUGAAUAUGUCUUCGAAACAACGGAAGCGAACCGAAGGUGACGUCUGUGCACAAAAAUUUCUUCGGAAUCGUCUCCUGAGGCUACCUAUGUUAACCGAUACUGAUGAGCGGACGUACAAAUGCGAGCUAUGUGGCAAAGGAUUCGUUCGGAAGUUUCUGCUUGAGCAACAUAUGUUUACUCACACUGGCGAGCGGCCGUACAAAUGUGAUAUUUGUGGAAAAUCAUUUAAUUCGGAGAGUAGUUUGAACAAACACAGAAAAAUUCACAAUGAUGAACGACCGCAUAAAUGCGAGGUAUGUGACAAAGGAUUUUUUCGGAAGUAUCUGCUUGAUCAACAUAUGUUAACUCACACUGGCGAGUUGCCGUACAAAUGCGAGAUAUGUGGCAAAGGAUUCGUUCGGAAGUUUCUGAUUGAGCAACAUAUGUUUACUCACACUGGCGAGCGGCCGUACAAAUGUGAUAUUUGUGGAAAAUCAUUUAAUUCGGAGAGUAGUUUGAACAAACACAGAAAAAUUCACAAUGAUGAACGACCGCAUAAAUGCGAGGUAUGUGACAAAGGAUUUUUUCGGAAGUAUCUGCUUGAUCAACAUAUUUUAACUCACACUGGCGAGCGGCCGUACAAAUGCGAGAUAUGCAGUAAAGGAUUCGUUCGGAAGCUUCUGCUUGAGCAACAUAUGUUAACUCACACUGGCGAGUUGCCGUACAAAUGCGAGAUAUGUGGCAAAGGAUUCGUUCGGAAGUUUCUGAUUGAGCAACAUAUGUUUACUCAUACUGGCGAGCGGGCGUGCAAAUGUGAUAUUUGUGGAAAAUCAUUUAAUUCGGAGAGUAGUUUGAACAAACACAGAAAAAUUCACAAUGAUGAGCGACCGCAUAAAUGCGAGGUAUGUGACAAAGGAUUUUUUCAGAAGUAUGUGCUUGAUCAACAUAUUUUAACUCACACUGGCGAGCGGCAGUACAAAUGCGAGAUAUGCAGUAAAGGAUUCUUUCGGAAGCUUUUGCUUGAGCAACAUAUGUUUACUCACACUGGCGAGCGGCCGUUCAAAUGUGAUAUUUGUCGAAAUUCAUUUAAUGCGAAGAGUAGUUUGAACAGACACAGAAAAAUUCACAGUGAUGAACGACCGCAUAAAUGCGAGGUAUGUGACAAAGGAUUUCUUCAAAAGUAUCUGCUUGAGCAACAUAUGUUUGCUCACACUGACGAGCGGCCGUACAAAUGUGAUAUUUGUGGAAAAUCAUUUAAUGCGGAGAGUAGUUUGAACAGACACAGAAAAAUUCACAGUGAUAAACGACCGCAUAAAUGCGAGGUAUGUGACAAAGAAUUUCUUCAAAAGUAUCUGCUUGAGCAACAUAUGUUAACUCACACUGGCGAGUUGCCGUACAAAUGCGAGAUAUGUGGUAAAGGAUUCGUUCAGAAGUUUUGGCUUGAGCGACAUAUGUUAACUCACACUGGCGAGCGUUCGUACAAAUGUGAAAUUUGUGGAAAAUCAUUUAGUGCGGAGAGUAGUUUGAACAGACACAGAAAAAUUCACAAUGAUGAACUACCGCAUACAUGCGAGGUAUGUGUAGCUGGCCGGGCUACGUCGUUAUAAGAUUAAUUCAAAUCGGAUUUCCUUCGGAAAAGGCGUGGGUUUGCCGAUGAGAACGAAAGGAUCCUAUUGAAUUAAUGGUGAUAUUACGGCCUUUCGGAUAGAUACAACCUGCUUCUACUUUUCGGAUUUAACACUUAUUCCGGAUUUCGGACAACACAACUAGCACCUUCCACUGUUACAAUUGGACUGUUUAUUAUAUUCAAAAAAUAAAAUUUAUAUACAAAUUUUCUUAAUAACUAAUAA